AGUUGCGAUGCCACUCAGAGCUUUAAAUUGCAAAGAUCUGAGGCGCAAUGCCACUGCACACACACACACACACACACACACACACACACACAAGGAGCCCUAUUGCUACUAAAAGUGAUACUUUACAUAGUUUACCUUGAGAUGAACAACCCUUCUUUAUGUUACAGGGUAUAAAUAUCAAUUUGUUUACACACAAGUAUAAAUGCACGUCACGUAUUUGCGAUUUGCGUAUGACUAGGUACUUAAUUAUUAAUAAUCAUGUUAUGCACCCUUGUAUUUUUUUUAACCCAGUUCAGAAAUACAUAAAAAUAAAUACUUGUUACAAACCUUAACUAUUUAUUUUUUUCCAUCCUAGGGUACAAAUGCACUGUUGAUGCUCAUAAUAUCCGUACCAAAAUGAGAUCCCAUACAAUCACCAAAGAGAUCAAUCAUAGUUACCAAUAUUUUGACAUCUUUAUGUUUUAUCUUUUUGACAGAAUGUGUUUUUUUUUUGUCGUAAUAUGUUCAUUGAACGUCAUUUUCGGGCAUAACGAUCAAAUUAUUAAUUUUUGGAUGUUUGUUAAAAAUCCGAACAAAAGAUUCAAUUAAGUGCUAAUUAGGGGAAAAAGAUAGUGAGAAAUAUGGCAUUAAGAACAAACCUUUCUAAAGUUGUAAAUAAUUUCAUUCGUAUUAGAACAAAUUUUUAUCAUUCCUUAAUCGAAGUAUAUCAACCAACUAUAUCUAAAAACAAGGAAAUGUUGAUGGAUAUUUUAAAAGAGAAAGCAGACGCUGCGGCAAAAUCUGAAUUGGGCCGGAAAAUGAAAGUUCUCAAAGGGUUUUACAAUGCAGAAAUCAGACCUCCACGACACGACGAGAUUACUAAAUUGUUUAGUGAUCUAGCCUUGGUGAGAGAGUUCAUAAAGACGGGCAGUUUUAGAUUUCUCACCGUGAAACAAAUAUGGCUGCUGUUCCUCGUAUCCCUCGAAAUUUAUUUGUGGUUUUACCUCGGAGAAACUGUCGGCAAGUUCCAUAUUGUUGGUUACGACGUUAAGCCCUGAAAAGAUAUAUGUAUUAAUUUAAAC